AUGACUCAACUCUACGAGUUCGAGGACGUGCGCAAGCUGGCGGCCGAGGUGGUGGCCUUCCUGCCCCCGAAGCUCACUCUUCCCGCCAUCUCACAAUCGCUCCUCCGCCACAUCGACGAGGCCGCCCUCGUCCACAUCAAGGUCGACAUUUAUGCGAUCUGCAACGCGUUGCUGGUGCACGGCAAGGCGGCGCAUCCGUUCGUCAUCGACCUCGUGCCCGCCAUCCUCUCCCUCCUCAAGCUGCCCAUCCCCUCCUCUUCCACCGGCUCGCUCGAGGUGCAGAAGCUGCAGCACGCGUGCAUCGACUUUCUGGCGCUGGUCACCCUCACGGCCCGCCAGCCCGCGCUGCGCGAGGGCGCCGACCUUCUGCCGCUUCUCCUCCACUUCGUCUGCACCGGCAGAGCUAGUCGCGGCCUCGAGGCGUUGUCAUCGUCAUCAUCGUCGCGCGCGAAUGCGCGGCUGGAGGUCGGUGAGGAGCAGGGCGCCGCUGUGGAAGAGCAGCUGUCGCCCAGCUUCCGCAUCUGCGCCAUCAACGUCCUCAUCACCCUGGCCAAGGGCAUCGGUCUGUCGGUGCUGCAGGCGCUCGGUGCGUGGCUCAUCCCGCAGCUGCUGGUGUCCUACUUCGCCGUCAGUGGCACUGGGUCCACGUCACACGAGUUCGGGCUUCACUUUCUCCGUGCGGCUCACCUCCAGCUGCUCUUCACGAUCGCCUAUCAGCUCAAGGGCGAGUUUAGGGGCGAGGGCAAGGAGCUCCUCGCCGCCGCCGUCCACGCGUUACAGGACCCCGCCCCCGAGGUUGUGCGAAUGGCGGGCAUGAAGCUACUGGGCGCCGUGCUGAGCUCUCCCGACGCCGAGGAGCUCUUCCUCACCGUCCCCACCGUUUUCUACCAGGUGCAAGCCGGUCUACGGACGCUGGCGCAAGGUGAUCCGUCGGCCGAGGCACGGCAGCUCGCCGACCAGCUGCUCAGCGUUGCCUUUGCCUUCUCUCCCCCGGCGCCCACGCCCACGCGGCCUUGA